UUGCUGAUGCUGUUGCCCGGCGUCUGCAUCCUCACAGCCAGACGGAGGUAACCGAACCAAGCGUACCACCACCAGCAGCAGCAGCGACGACAGGGUCAGAAGGGGGGGUGAGACAGAUCCUCAGCAUCCCUGGAGAGGUACAUACACAGUGAGAAGAUGACUCUGGCAGCGUAUAAGGAGAAGGUCAAAGAGCUCCCCCUGGUGUCUUUGUUUUGCUCCUGCCUGAACCCACAGACUGCAGAAAAAGCUACUUACAAAGCAGAAGAUGCCGUGGACCUGGGUUGGUGCGUCAUCAAAGACGUUGAAGUGAUUGAGCUGAACAAGCGGACGUCCGGCCAGGCUUUCGAGGUCAUCCUCAAGCCCCCGUCCUUUGAUGGCGUUCCAGAACUCAACACCUCCAUGCCGCAGCGCCGUGACCCGUCCCUGGAGGAGAUCCAAAAGAAGCUGGAGGCUGCUGAGGAGAGACGAAAGUGCCAGGAAGCUGAGCUGCUGAAGCACUUGGCAGAGAAGAGAGAGCAUGAGCGAGAGGUGAUUCAAAAGGCUUUUGAGGAAAACAACAACUUCAUCAAGAACGCUAAGGAGAAGCUGGAGCAGAAGAUGGAGGCCAACAAGGAGAACAGGGAGGCCCUGCUAGCAGCCAUGCUGGAGAGGCUGCAGGAGAAGGAUAAACAUGCAGAAGAAGUGAGGAAGAACAAGGAAAUGAAGGAGGAGGCCUGCCGGUAGACGAGAGGAAUCAGGGAGCUAAAAGGGCAAAAGUUCGAGACUGCAAAGUUUUUGUUUUGUUUUUUUCUUCCUUUCUUUUUUUGAGUCCAUUUUGAA